CACGUUGGAUUCUCUCUGAAAUAACAACGCCAAACUUGUUCUGGGUCAAAGAGAAAUGGACCCCAAACAAACAACUAUAACAAAGGCAACAACCACAACAAAGACAACAACCACAACAACAGUAACGACAAUACCAUCAACAACAAUAAAAUUACCAACAACAGAAGUACCAGCGAAGAAGACAAUAGCCACCGCAUUAGCUGAAGUAACACGGACAACGACGGCAUAUUACCACGUCCAGCACCAACAAAAAUAACCAUUGUAAAGAGAACAACAAGAAAACAAAAGAAGGCAACAUUAAUAAGACGAUAAUGCCGACUUAUAAUUUGUUCUAUUUUAAUGGUCGUGGUCGUGCAGAAAUUUGUCGAAUUCUGUUUGCAGCCGCCGGUGUCCAUUAUACCGACCGAAGGAUUAAAAUCUCAGAAUGGAACCGUUUCAAAAACAAGAUGAAUUUCUCAAUACUUCCCGUUCUACAGAUUGAUGGCGAGACACAAAUUCCUCAAAGUAUGGCCAUUGCUAGGUACCUUGCUAGGGAAUUUGGUUUCCACGGCAAGAACAACGUCGAUAUGGCUAGAAUAGAAAGCAUCUGUGACUGUCUCAAUGAUAUCUUGGACGAUUACCUGCAGUUGUAUUAUGAGAAAAAUUUCAGCAAAAAGGUAACUGCUUUCUCGUUUCAUUUUCUUCUGUUUAAUAUUUUAAAACCAUUUAUUCGUCCCUCAAAGAAACUCCAGUCAAACAAAUUUCAUCUGGCUACAGUCAACGUUUGUCGUCUAGACGAAACGUUUGUUCGAGGCGUUUACCGUAGCCUACGGUGCUAUAAGCAACACCGUGAAGAAUAUAUAUCUCUUAUGGUAAAAAGGUGUCGCCAUAUAUUAGGAAUCCCAGACAUUGAUGUUUCAAGCUUCGAUGUCUGGGAUUCUUAA